AUUAUUGAAUUAAAAUUAUCGUGAUCAAUAAGUAUUGUAUUAUUGCAAUAUUUGAAACAUGGUACCGCGCACAUUACUGCAAUAGGAAGCAAAUGCGCUUGCGGAGUUCAUAGACCCUGACAGGAGGACAUUAUCUAACUUACUGCAACUGCGCCUACACAUAGGCCUACACAUAGGCCUACACAUAGGCCUACACAUAGGCCUACACAUAGGGUGUCAAAGCUCUCAUACAAAGUUACAUGUCACUUUUCAUUAGUAUUUAUAUUUCGUUAAAAACAACAAUUCUUCUUCUACUUCUUCUUUCUUCUAUCGGUCAUUUUCAAUUAAAUGUUCAACAUUGUAUUUAUUUCUUUUUAUCAAAGAAAUGCUAGAUCUCUCAUGCUUGAAGAAACCAUUUAGAGAAGUCACGAGGAGAUCAGUCAGGCGAAAAUUCCGCACCGUAGAAUGGCAUUUGAUGUGGAAUGAUAUCGGAUCAAUAUACCCCAGAGAUGCAUUUUCUCAGAUGUGUGUGAAAUUAAUAAUACUUCUUAUUGUAAUAUUUCCUUAAACAAAAAGAUCUUGACAAUAACGAGUGUCGUAGAGUCAUCAUCGUCGAACGGCUAGUUGGUUUCCUUCGUUUCUGGAACUGUUUUCGUAUUCUAAGACUGUCACGUCCGGUCCCAGUCGCAUCCUGCCUUUCAUUACGAACCUAAUAAGAAGGGGCAGCAGCAGCAGCAGCAGCAGCAGGGUUUGUUCCUUUCGCUCGAAUCGACUAAUCGACCGGUUAAUCCAAAGGGAACGUACGUCCUUCGAUGGCUUUAACGAAGUGCGUCAUUGUUGUCAUUGUAUAUCCCUUUCUUGGACCGGCUGCUUAGUCUCAUCGUCAUCGUCAUCGUCAUCGUCAUCGUUCAACACUUGCGUCGUUUAAUUAUCAUUCAAUUGACCGACUCUCAUCGUUUAUUCAUUCACGAACGAUUAUUUUAGUUGUAGUUGUAGUUUAUAGUUUUCUACCUUGGUCCUACUACAAUUUUCUAGGUAACCGGGACUACACUAUGCUAUACCGACUUAAUUAAAAUAUCAAAAUAAGAUUUACUAUUUACGACUGAUGAUGAGAAUAACUUAUCGAUCAAUCUUCUUUCAAAUCAAAUUCAAAUCAUGUACAAUAAUAAUGUGCGUAUAUUUCUUCUUGUAAAAACGGUUAAGAAAGAAUAUUUCUUGAUUGCGUUUGGUUAUCGUUCGUAUCUUCUGCUAGCAGCUCGUUACUGGCGCCCCAACCUUACGCGCAUAUCAUACUCGAACAGGAGAUGGCCUGGAUGCCUUUUUUCGUCGUUUACCGUUAUCGUAGAAGAAGAACUUUGCUUCUGCGAUCACGAAGCUAAUGCUUAUUUCUCUUCUGUCCCUUCACGAGCGCUUGUCUAAUUUUACAAUUUACCGCCAAGCCUCGCCUCGCCUCGCCUCGCCUCGCUUCGUCACGCCUUUCCGUCUACAUUUUACCAACAAUAUUACAAUUACUUUUUCUAUAUAUUUUGGUUUGAUAAUAAGUUAUUUUAAGUGCGCCUAUUUGUGAAAAUCGAUCGAUUACUUCUUCUGUUGCUUCACGUGCUUCUUGUGUCAAGAAAAGAUCUAAAAGAUGAAAGUGACAACGACGUUAUUUGCUUUAAUAUUCAUAUCUUUGAGCAUCAUACAGGUCGAAUGUCGAUCUAAGAAAACGACGAAGCAAUUGUCGUUGCAAAGUAAGGAGACUAAUCCGGUGAAUUUUAUAAGAUUGCUAGUGAUGAGACUAGUUUUUGGUGUGGCUACAUCGAUGGGAUUAGGUGAAAAUAUUUCUGGUGUUCUUGGAGGAAUCUUCGUACCUCCUGGCGCAGAAGAUUAUGCCGACUAUGCUGACGACGAUCUGAUCCCUGAUCUAUUCUAAUGAAAACUUCAAUGAUCUGCAUUUUAAGCAAGGAAUGUUUUGUUCUUUCAAAUAUUUCAUUAUUAAUUUAUUUAUUUAUUUCUUUAUAUGUAUGUAUGUAUGA